UUGUUUGUAGAGACAUUUAGCAUGGGACGUAAAUAUUACUGCGACUAUUGUGAUAAACGGAUACAAAACGAUUACAACAUAAUCAAACAACACAAUGUAGGGCUGCCACAUCUUCGAGCGAAGGCUGAAUACUUUCAACAAUUCAAAAGUAUUAAAGAGAUUUUAGGGGAAAUCAAAUAUAAACCGCCUUGCCGUUCAUUGAAAGAUCAUAGUGUUUGCAUGUUUGGGGUACUAUGCAGAUAUCGUCAUUAUACAUCAGAGACAAUUCGGGAAAUGCAACAGUUUGUUCAACGUCCGAAAGAGUUUAAUCCUAAAAGAUCGGAACGACUGCGUAAAUACUUGCGAAAUGUAAUGGUUCGUACGGAGCUAUUCGUUAAAAAACGAUACAAUCAACAUGCGAUGGAAAAAUUACCACCUUCUAUGAUACAAAUCGAAGAUUCUUCCAAGUAGACGCCAGCCAGAAACACCGUCUUAUUUGGGAAACAAGUUUUUUGUUUAACCAUCUAUGAAUCGCGUAAUAAGCGAAUUUGCAUUUGUUAUACAUCAUCCAUCAUCGAUUAAUUGUUCCAGAAAGCUUAUUUAACUUAACUUAUUUAGAUGGAAGAAAGCUCCCCAAAAAUUUAAUAAAAUACAUCCAAAACUACUUUA